GGCGCGGUGGCGCCGGCGGGAAAGGGUGGCGUGGCGGGAGCGGGGCCGGGCCCAGGGAUGGCGGUUCCCUUCGUGGAGGACUGGGACCUGGUGCAGACGCUGGGAGAAGGCGCCUACGGGGAGGUGCAGCUGGCCGUCAACCGCCGCACCGAGGAAGCCGUGGCCGUGAAAAUCGUGGACAUGAAGCGAGCGGCCGACUGCCCGGAGAACAUCAAGAAGGAAAUCUGCAUCAACAAAAUGCUCAACCACGAGAACGUCGUCAAAUUUUACGGGCACAGGCGGGAAGGUGCCACGCAAUACCUCUUCCUGGAGUACUGCAGCGGUGGCGAGCUCUUCGACCGCAUCGAGCCAGAUAUCGGGAUGCCGGAGCCAGAGGCGCAGCGUUUCUUCCAGCAGCUGAUCGCCGGCGUGGUCUAUCUGCACAGCAUCGGCAUCACCCACCGUGACCUGAAGCCGGAGAACCUGCUGCUGGAUGAGCGAGACAACCUGAAAAUCUCCGAUUUUGGCUUGGCCACCGUCUUCAAGCACAACGGCCGGGAGCGGCUGCUCAACAAGAUGUGCGGCACCCUGCCCUACGUGGCCCCCGAGCUGCUGCGGCGCCCCGAGUUCAGGGCUGAGCCCGUCGACGUCUGGGCUUGCGGCGUGGUGCUGACCGCCAUGCUGGCCGGAGAACUGCCCUGGGACCAGCCCAGCGAUAGCUGCCAGGAAUACAGCGACUGGAAGGAGAGAAAAACCUACCUCCCGCCUUGGAAGAAGAUCGAUUCAGCACCCUUAGCUUUGCUGCACAAGAUCCUGACGGAGAGCCCGACGGCGAGGAUCACCAUCCCUGACAUCAAGAAGGACCGGUGGUACAGCAAACCCCUCAAAAAGGGCGUCAAGCGGGCUCGUGUGUCCUCAGGGGGGGUCACCGACUCCCCUGGUGGCUUCUCCAAGCACGUCCGAUCCGAUAUGGACUUCUCGCCGGUGAAGAGCGUGCUCGGCGAGGAGAAAGCGAGCUACUCCACGUCGCAGCCGGAGCCCGGCACCGGCGGGACGCUCUGGGAGAGCGGGGCGGCCAGCAUCGACAAGCUCGUGCAGGGCAUCAGCUUCUCCCAGCCCGCCUGCCCCGACCACAUGCUGGUCAACAGCCAGCUCCUCGGCACCCCCGGCUCCUCCCAGAGCCCGUGGCAGCGGCUGGUGAAGCGGAUGACGCGCUUCUUCACCAAACUGGACGCCGACGGCUCGUACCGCGCCCUGAAAGAGGUCUGUGAGAAGAUGGGGUACGGCUGGAAGAAAAGCUGCACGAACCAGGUCACCAUCUCAACCACGGACAGGAGGAACAACAAACUCAUCUUCAAGGUGAACCUGGUGGAGAUGGAGAGCAAGAUUUUGGUGGACUUUCGCCUCUCCAAGGGCGACGGUCUGGAGUUCAAGAGACAUUUCCUGAAAAUCAAGGGCAAGCUCAGCGACAUCGUCAGCACCCAGAAAGUCUGGCUGCCCGCCACCUGAGCCCCCUGCACCCCACCUGCCUCCUCUUCCUCCUCUUCCUCUUCCUCCUCUUCCUCCUGGCGGGGCUCCCACGGCAGCACCCAAAGGCCGUGAAGGCGACCAGCCGUGCACUUCAGAUUUUAAAGGUUCAAUAAAGCGCUGGGGGGGGACGAA